UACUCCAAGGUUUUAGUUGUUUUCCUGAUAUAUUUUGUUUCCAAUCAUAUAUCUCAAAAAUAAUAAAGCAUAAAUAAAUUGAUGCAAUUAUUAAACGUUUUUAAAGCUUAUAGCAAUGAUCAAAAUUUGUGUAUCUUGUGAUGAAAUAUCAACACUUGAAAACUAAAUUAAAAUAUCAUAUUCGUGUCGCACACAAACAGAAAAAUCGAUAGAACAAAAUCAUUUAGGCGCCGAGGAAUACUUAACGCAACCAAUUUUGUGACAUGGGUGCCGAGCAUUCUCAGCAGCGCGCCGAGGCAGAUGGACGCGAAAUUUUUGAAGGCGAUUUGAAAAUCACGCUCGGCAACAAUCGCCAAUCACAUAGUGCCACACCCACUGGCAGCGCCAAACGGCGUCCUGGUCGACAAAGUACCAGUAGCGGCAGUUUAAGCCGCGGCAGCAAACAUAUCGUUGAAACAGUAGCAGCAACUGCUUCGCCAACUAACUCGGCAGAGCUUAGUCGCCCACCCUCGCCACCACUGAGUGUAUGUUCCGACUUGCCUUACGUCUCGUAUACGGAUCGCCCAAUUGGUGACUCACCGAAAAUACGCAACAAGCCACAUAGUCGUCAUCAACAACAGAAUAGCAUAAUGCGAAACACAGGGAUACGUAAAUCUUUUGGUGCUACCCCAAAGCGUCCGCAAUCUACUUCAGGCACAAUAGUUAUUGUUAAACCGGGUGCGCGUGACGCAGACUAUGAUGCUGAUGCCGAUUUGACACGUUUGCGUAACAUUCCACAAUUCCUGCCAGUACUACGUGAUUCUAUUGCAACGGCUGCAUUUACACGCGAUCAAGAAGUGCUGGAGCGUUUAAAUUCACAGCAUUUAGUGAGCAUUUCCAGCCGCAUGCAGACACAUUUGAAUCUCUGCGCUUCACAGGUGGCGCAGGAGCAAAACCAUCUGGUCGAGCGCACAAAGGUGGUAAGCAAUUCUAUAACGACACUGUUCGCGUCUUUCGUUGACAUGCAAAAGACUUAUGCCUCAUAUGCAGAGCAGUUUUCCAAAGUGCGAACUAUUUCACAGCAGCUAAGUCGCUGCAACUCUUUACUACAUGACAAUAUCGCCAAUCUGGAGGCUAUAAAUAAUUUCCUUGACGUAGAAGAUCGCUUAGAGCCCUUCAUUUGGCGCACUGAUGAUAAUAAACUGCGCGGCGAAGCCGAGGGCGCACCCGGUGGAGGUAGUGGACGUUUAACGCGCAUGUAGUUUGGCUGAGCAGCAAUAUUAUGCUAAAAAUUGUUGCUCAAAAUGAGCGUAAAUAAAAUCAUGAUGAGGCGUUUCUUCUGGAUAAGCAAUAUUUACCUCCAUUAGAUGUGAGGAGCCACUCUUCUAGGUUUGAUUGCCAUCAAAAGUGUGAUUUGAAAGUCUGUGUUUCUGUUUGUUUUGUAAAUGUAAAUAUGAAGUCACAUUGGUCUCUGUUUUAAUAAGUUCCGUUUGUAGUUGUUGUAAAUGAUAUAUCCUUAAGGUUUAAUGUUAAAUAUAAAUAAAUGUAGAACCAUGAAAGUAA